GACAAGAGACUGGCUCUUCUGAGUUUGUCUGCUCACUAAAAUAGCAGUUCGUGUGUAAAUGUGACUGAAAUUACGUGUAUGUCUAUUGGAGCCCCUGAUAUAGAGUGUCUAUAUACAACGAGGAACUUGGGAGACAAGGACAUUUUUCCCAAGGAGGAAAACGCAGCAGGAAGCUUAACGCAAGCGAGGGAAGCAUUGAAGGGAAAGGAAGAGACAGACAGGAGCUGGAUAUUCCCAUAAAGAGGAUAUCACUGCUUUGAUAGUUGGAUUGUGGUGUGGUCACAAGAAGGAGAGAGUAAAACCGAGUAGAGUGUUGUACAAUGUGCUAGGAGUGAAGGAAAGAAGACAAGCUCUGUUGUUUUUCUGAUAUUCUUGAGGUGUCAGAGAGACCGAACAGGACGUAGAGAUGGGACGGAAGAAGAUACAGAUCACGAGGAUCAUGGAUGAGAGGAACAGGCAGGUUACCUUCACGAAGAGGAAGUUUGGGCUAAUGAAGAAGGCCUAUGAGCUCAGCGUUCUAUGUGACUGUGAGAUAGCCCUGAUCAUAUUCAACAGCUCAAACAAACUCUUUCAGUAUGCAAGCACAGAUAUGGACAAGGUCCUGCUCAAAUACACUGAGUACAACGAGCCCCACGAGAGCAGAACCAACGCUGACAUUGUCGAGAAAUUAAGAAACAAAGGCCAUAAUGACCUGUGUGCCAGUCCUGAUCCAGAUGACUGUUUUGGGCACAGCCCCCUCAUGGACGACCGUUUCGGCAAACUAAGCGAAGAGAGUGAUUUAAUGUACAAGCGCUGUGGUCCCACAGCGCUGCCCCAGCAGAACUUCCCCAUGCAUGUGGCAGUGCCAGUCUCCAACCAGAAUACUAUGUCCUACAACCCAGGAGGAUCCAUGAGCAGCCAGGCCCUGGCUCAGGCCGCAGCCUCUCUGAGUGACAGCGGGAUGCUCUCCCCCCCUCAGGCCUCCUUACACAGGAGCGGGGGUCAGCAGAGGCCCCCCACUCAAGGCAAUGCGGGGAGUGGCUUUGUCAACUCCAGGGGCUCUCCGGGACUCCUGGGCACACCCAGCGGGAACGGCCUGGGGAAAGUCAUGCCCACCAAGUCUCCACCGCCCCCUGGAGUGAACAUGGGGAUGGGAAAUCGCAAGCCAGACCUGAGAGUGGUGAUCCCCCCGUCCAGCAAAGGCAUGAUGCCCCCACUGAACACCCAAAGGCUAAGCAGCUCCCAGACACUGGCCACCCCAGUAGUGUCUGUCACCACCCCCAGCCUGCCCCCUCAAGGCCUGGUCUACUCAGGCAUGCCCAGCGCUUACAACACUGAGUACUCCCUGAGCAGUGCAGAGAUCUCCUCCCUACAGGGCUUCGGCUCUCCAGGGCUCUCUCUGGGCUCCAUGUCGGCAUGGCAACAACAUCAACUGGGCCAGGCAGCUCUCAGCUCUUUGGUGGGUGGUGGUCACCUACCUCAGGGCUCCAACCUCUCUAUCAACACCAGCCAAAACAUCAAUAUCAAGUCAGAACCCAUCUCCCCUCCGCGGGAGCGCGUCACCCCCUCUGGCUUCCACCAGCAGCAGCAACAGCAGCGGCAUCAGCAGCAGCAGCAGCAGCAGCAGCAGCAGCAGCAGCAGCAGCAGCAGCAGCAGCAGCAGCAGGCGUCCAGCCGGCAGGACCUGGGCCGCUCACCAGUGGACAGCCUCAGCUCCUCCUGCAGCUCAUACGAUGGCAGCGACCGCGAGGACCACCGGCCAGACUUCCACUCCUCCUCCAUGGGGCUGGGCAGACCCCCAACCGGCACCGAGGACAACAGGGCGAGCCCUUCUGUCAAGCGCAUGCGCAUGGACACCUGGGUGACAUAGAGCCACCUGGUCAAGCCUCCAGUCACCAGCUACU